AUGCCUCGCGGAAACGCCUCAGUCACCAAGUGCCACUACAAAGGCAAGGAUGAGGACUUCAUCGUCUUCGUCGAGUCCGCCGACGAUGUCGAGAAGUGGAAGAACGACUCCAGCAUCCCUCUCGCCCAGGUCGUCAGCGGAUUCAAGAUCAUGAUCACACACAAGCAAGGAGCUCAAGGUCAACUCGACGGUGCCUCCAAGUCUCAGAUCGAGAAUGAGUUUGGCAGCUCGGACGAAGAUGAAGCGAUCAAGCAGAUCCUAACCAAGGGUACCCUACAAGUUAGCGAGAACUCUGAGCGCAGUGGUGACACCAAUAUCACCAAGGGUGGCACCAUCGGCCACGCCACCGGCAACCGCUAA